UUCCCUUCACAAAACCGAAAAGUCGAUAUGUCUGCACCACAAAUACCAAAUCUUUUGGCAUCACGAGGGAGCCCACGUUUACGAGGAUCUCGUGGAAGAGGUCGUGGUGGAGGACCAGCGCGCAUGGAUGCCAGUCAACGAAAAGACCUUGACAUCCAGUCCACAGAUACUGAUGCAGCAGUAUCGCGCCUCAGCGCAGUCUCUGUAGGUUAUCUUGACGACCCAUUUGCGCCAUAUUUCGUGAAUGGUCCUGGCAUACGCCGGCUGCCGGUCAUCAAUCGCGGUAUGCAGUAUCUGUUCCUGUUUCUGCUGUGUUUGGUUACUUCGGCCUAAUCAAUCAUCAUAGGAACCUAUACAAGAACCUCUGCUCUAGACAUUCUCGUAGAUGCGUUCCUUUCUCAUGCCUCGGACGAAUCCAAAGAUACCCCUACGAAGCAAAUCAUAUCUCUCGGUGCAGGAACCGAUACCAGAUAUUUCAGGCUUCGCGCGCAGAACAAACACCGGAAAUUAGUAUAUCACGAAUUUGAUUUCCCUUCCGUCUGCGGAACAAAAUCACAAUUGGUUUCCACAAACCAAGCUCUGUUAAGUCAGGAUGACACCGCCACUUUCUUUACAAAGCGAAGCAAAGAUUCCUCGGACUCUGAUAACGAGUCGGAAUGGGGCUUUGCAGGCAAACAGAAUGGGGAAACAGAUAUUCGUUAUUGUUGCCACCCCCUUGAUUUGCGUCGACUUCCAUACACACCUUCGAUAAAAACACUCAAUUGCUUCCACGGUAUUUGCAGCGAUAUACCAACACUCAUAAUUUCCGAGUGCUGCUUGUGUUAUUUGGAGGUGGAUAAUGCUCAGGAUGUAAUAAAAUGGUUCGCGGAUCGGAUACCAUCCUUGGGCAUAGUGUUAUACGAACCCAUUGGGGUGGACACUUCUUUUGGGAAAAUGAUGGUUGCGAACCUAGCAUCUCGAAAUAUCACUAUGCCUACAGUCAAAAUGUACAAGGCUCUUUCAGACCAAAAGCAGAGACUGUCGGAUGCUGGCUUCAAGGCCACCAACGAUGACGGAGGCCAAGAUGCAAAAACCAUAGAGCACAUUUGGGAGAAUUGGAUCAACGCAGAUGAAAAGGAGAGGGUUGAUUCUCUAGAAGGGCUGGAUGAGGUUGAAGAAUGGCAGAUAUUAGCGCGACAUUAUGCCGUUGCUUGGGGUUGGCGGGGGACUCACGGGUGGGAGAAAUGGAGAAAUAAACUCGAACAUCAAUGA